AUGGAGGUCAGUGGAAUAAAGGAGGGGGUGUGUGAGGUGCACUGGAGUGGAGACCCUACUCAGCCCCUGGUGAUUGUGCCCAUCCUGACAAACCAGAAGAACCAUCAAGGCUGGCCACGAGUGGUGUCACAAGACAUUAUACAUCAUGUCCACAGCCUAAAAAGUGCUGUUUACAUGGUGGUUGGCCAAGUAAAGGGCAAGACCUUGCUGCCUCUUCCAGCUGGCUCGGAGGGAAUCGAAGAUAUUGAUCUGGAAAAUGAAGAAUCCCUGGAGCUAAUAGAUAAAUCUCUUGUACAUGCCACUGAGUCAGCCAUCAUAGACUGGAGCCACCAGAUCCAGGGAGUGCUGAGGAAGGAGUCUUCAGAACCUCUCCUGCAAGGCAGCAACCCUAACCCGAAGGUUGAACUGGAGUUCUGGAAGAACAGGUGUGAUGACCUGGAAUGCAUUUACAAUCAGCUGAGAACAAAGAAGGUCAGGAACAUGAUGGAGGUGCUGGAGAGAGUUGAGAGCAGUUAUGUCCCAGCCUUCAAAGCUAUGCUCGUGGAUGUUGAGGCAGCUUUGACCGAAGCUCAGGACAUUCACCUGCACCUGAUGCCCCUCAAGCACCCCUUGGAGAACAUAGAGAGGAUUGAGUUCAGCGAGAUGAAGCCUUUCCUGGUCCCUCUGCUCCACGUGGUGUGUUUGAUCUGGGUCACCUCCAAGCACUACAACGUGCCUGUGCGGAUAGUAGUGCUACUCCAGGAAAUCUGCAACCUUCUCAUUCAGAAGGCCCUGGUUUACCUGUCUCCAGAAGACCUUCUGAAAGGGGAGAUGGAAGAGAGCCUAGGCAAGGUGCAAAUGGUGCUUGGCAUCCUGAAUGCUUUCAAAGGGGCAUUUGAAGAGAGAAGAGAAAAACUGCACACAUAUUAUGAACCAGGCCAAGAAGUGAGGGAGUGGGACUUCCACGCUACAAUGGUAUUUGCAAGGCUGGACAGCUUCCUGAAGAGACUGGAGAUGGUGGAGGAUAUCCUGUCAACUGCCUUGGACCUGAUGAAGCUGGAAAAGAUUGAGUUCAGCGGGAUUAAAGGGAAGGCCCUGGGCCAGCAGGUGCUGGACAUGUAUGAAGAAUUCCAGGAGGCAUACAAGGUGUUUGCAGAGCAAACCUAUGACUGUCUUGAGCUGACCAAUACGGAGUUUGAGCAAGAUGCCUUUGAUUUCCAGCAGAAAGUAGAAGACAUUGACCGCCGGCUGGGCACUAUUUUCAUCCAGGCUUUCGAUGAUGCCUCAGACUUGGAGCAUGCCUUCAAGUUGCUGGACAUGUUCGGAAACCUUUUGGAGCGACCAAUAAUUGCUGCAGAUGCUGCUGACAAAUACUCUGCCCUCAUCAGCAUGUUCAGCAGUGCUUUGGACCAUGCUAGGCUGAUCUACUCCAGGCACAUCCAGGCAGAGCUGGAGCUCGGACCCUCCUCUGUGCACAAGAACAUGCCACCGGUAGCUGGAGCACUGAGCUGGGCUCGGGAGCUGCGAGCACGAAUCCAGGUGCCAUUUGGUCACUUCAGGCACAUCCCACAUCUCUGCUUGGACUCUGCUGAAGGAAGGAGGGUGAUAAAGAAGUAUGAAGAAAUGAUCCAGCUGCUUGACAAGUAUCAGGAAAAGCUCUAUGUAGGCUGGUCCCAGACAGUGUCUGAAAAAUCACAGUACAACCUUAUUCAACCACUCAUCCAGCGAGAUCCAGAAACCAAACUGAUCACUGUCAAUUUUGAUCCCCAGCUCGUUUCGGUGCUGAGGGAGGUGAGGUACCUGUCUGGCAGCCAGAUGGGAGCCAUUCCACUGACGGCAACAGAAAUCUAUUCCUCCAAGGAAUCAUACCGGCAGAUGGUGGCCAACUUGGAGCUGAUGGUGAACAGAUACAACAAGGUCCUGAAGACAGUCCUGGAGGUGGAAUACCCUCUAAUACAGGGGCAGCUGCGGGAUAUUGACUUGAAGCUGAAAGAGGCAGAAGAAACGCUGAACUGGAAGAUGGAGGGUGUCUGCGAUCACAUCUCCAUGGUGAUGGAUGAUGUCCAUGACCUCGAGCAGAGGAUACAGAAGGCCAAAAACAAUGUUGAGGAGAUCCAGACCAUCAUGCGAUCAUGGGCGUCGCCCAUAUUUGAGAGGAAAGACUGUAAAAAGGAAUCACUGCUAAGCCUAGAGGACUGUCAGGACCGUCUGGAAAAGCGCUACAGCCUUGUCAGAGAAUCCGGGCAGAGGAUUCAUUUGCUGGUGAAGGAAAACCAGAGCCUGUUACAUGCAGACCCAGAAUCUGACAUCUGGAAGGCCUAUGUGGAUUAUGUCGAUGAGAUAGUCCUGGAUGGAUUCUUCACUGCCAUCGAGUGCUCUCUCAAGUACCUCCUGGAAAACACAGAUCCCAAGGCAGGGCUUGCUCCCCUGUUUGAGGUGCAGCUGGAUUUGGUGAUCCCAGAUUUGAUAUUUCAUCCCUCCUUGGACCCUGGCACACACGAUAGCUUCUAUGACAUGGUGGAAAGUCUUCUCAAUGACAUCUACCGGAUCUCGUCCCUGGUGCCCAGGCUGGCAGAGCACAGUGGCUUCCUCCACUACCAGGCUGACAUGGAGGACAUGGCUGAUCUGGCUGAUAUGCGCCAUGACCUGAUGGGCCGCGUUCAGGCCGUGAUGGUGGCCUGCUGUGACUACCGCAGUGCCUUCGACCACUACUCCUACCUCUAUGGGGAUGACAGAAAGGAGUUCUUCCGCCAGUUCCUCCUCUAUGGGCACAUCCUCACUGCUGCCGAAAUUGAGGCCCACGCGGAGGAUGGGGUCCCCGAGACACCUCCCACACUGCAGCAGUUCCGAGAGCAGAUCGACUCCUAUGAGAAGAUCUAUGAAGAGGUGAAUCGCAUUGAGCCCAUCAGCAUCUUCCAGAGCUGGAUGAAAGUCGAUGCUCGGCCUUUCAAGGCAUCCUUGCUGAAUGUGAUUAAAAGGUGGAGCUUGGUGUUCAAGCAGCAUCUCAUGGACCACGUCACGCACAGCUUGGCUGACCUUGAUGAGUUCAUAAAAACUGCCGAUAAAGGUUUGAGCAAGAAGGUUGAGAAGGGUGAUUAUGAUGGCUUGGUGGAGAUUAUGGGUCACCUCCUGGCCGUUAAAGAAAGGCACAGUGCCACUGAUGCCAUGUUCGAGCCCCUGAAGCAAACCAUUGAACUGCUGAAGACGUAUGAGCAACAGCUGCCAGAGGAAGUCUAUAAGCAACUGGAGGAGCUGCCAGAAAAAUGGAAUAAUAUAAAGAAGCUGGCAAUAGCUGUGAAACAGCAUGUGGCUCCUCUGCAGGCGAACGAAAUGACAGUUCUGCGCAAGAGCUGUGCGGUGUUUGAUGUUGAGCAGCACAGAUUCAGAGAGCGAUUUCGGAAAGAAGCACCGUUCAGGUUUGACACUGAAAAGCCUUAUCAACUGCUGGAUGCAAAGCACAUUGAGAUUAAACAAAUGGAGUCAGCCAUGACCUCGAUUUAUGAAUCAGCUGGUCUGUUUGAAGUCAUGGUGCCAGAUUAUAAACAACUGAAACAGUGCAGAAAGGAGCUGUGUCUUCUCAAAGAGCUCUGGGAUAUGAUCUUCCUUGUGAACACUAGCCUUGAUGACUGGCAGGCCACCAAAUGGGUGGAUAUUAAUGUGGAAAACAUGGAUCUGGAGUGUAAAAAGUUUGCGAGAGAGAUUCGGAAUUUGGAUAAGGAAAUGAGAGCGUGGGAUGCUUUCACUGGGCUGGACAAGAAAGUGAAGAACAUGCUGACGGCCCUGAAAGCUGUGGCAGAACUUCAAAAUCCUGCCAUUAGAGAAAGACACUGGAAUCAACUGAUGCAGAUGACGGGUGUGAGGUUUGUGAUGGACUCUGACACCAUGCUGGCUGACCUCCUGAAGCUCAACCUGCAUAACUUUGAGGAUGAGGUUCGUGGUAUUGUGGACAAAGCAGUGCGAGAAAUGAGUAUGGAAAAAGUUCUGAAGGAACUAAAAAUGACUUGGAGCACCAUGGAGUUUCAGUAUGAGCCUCACUCCCGGACAAACAUCCCAUUGCUGAAAUCAAAUGAGGAACUCAUUGAAACUUUAGAAGACAACCAGGUUCAGCUGCAGAAUUUAAUGACAUCCAAAUAUAUUGCUUUCUUCUUGGAGGAAGUGUCUGCAUGGCAGAGGAGGCUGUCCACUGCGGACUCCAUAAUUUCCCUCUGGUUUGAAGUGCAACGUACAUGGUCUCACUUGGAGAGCAUAUUCAUAGGCUCAGAAGAUAUACGGGCACAACUUCCGAAGGACUCCAAACGCUUUGAGGGGAUUGAUGUGGAUUUUAAGGAACUGGCCUACGAAGCUCAGAAAACCCCAAAUGUAGUUGAGGCUACCAAUAAACCAGGUCUGUCCCAACAACUGGAGGACAUUCAGAGUAGAUUGUCUCUGUGUGAGAAGGCUUUGGCUGAAUAUUUGGACAUGAAAAGGUUGGCCUUUCCCAGAUUUUACUUCAUUUCUUCUGCAGAUUUAUUGGAUAUUCUUUCCAAUGGCACCAACCCACAGCUGGUGCAACGUCAUCUUUCCAAACUCUUUGACAACUUGGCCAAAAUGAAAUUCCAGCUGGACUCUGAGCAAAAGGCGACCAAGGUUGGCCUGGGAAUGUACAGUAGGGAGGAGGAAUAUGUCAGCUUCAGUGAACCUUGCGACUGCAGCGGACAGGUUGAGGUCUGGCUGAAUCACGUACUAGAGAGCAUGAGGGCUACUGUGAGAGAUGAGAUGACAGAAGCCAUCAUGGCUUACGAGGAGAAGCCGAGGGAACAGUGGCUCUUUGACUACCCUGCCCAGGUGGCUCUUUCCUGCACCCAGAUCUGGUGGACAACCGAGGUUGGGAUUGCCUUCGCAAGGGUGGAGGAAGGCUACGAGAAUGCGAUGAAGGAAUAUCACAAGAAGCAAGUGACCCAGCUGAACACCCUCGUUACCAUGCUGAUUGGGCAGCUCUCCAAGGGUGACAGGCAGAAGAUCAUGACCAUAUGCACCAUUGAUGUGCAUGCUCGGGACGUGGUGGCAAAGAUGAUAGCGCAGAAGGUGGACAAUGCCCAGGCGUUCGUUUGGCUGUCACAGCUCCGGCACAGAUGGUCGGAUGAGGAACGGCACUGCUUUGCCAACAUCUGUGAUGCCCAGUUCCUGUACUCCUACGAAUACCUUGGCAAUACCCCUCGGCUUGUGAUCACUCCACUGACUGACAGAUGUUACAUCACCCUGACCCAGUCACUGCACCUGACCAUGAGCGGAGCACCUGCGGGCCCGGCAGGCACUGGCAAGACAGAGACUACAAAAGAUUUGGGGCGAGCCCUGGGCAUCAUGGUGUAUGUGUUUAACUGCUCUGAGCAGAUGGACUACAAGUCUUGUGGGAAUAUUUACAAAGGCCUUUCCCAGACGGGAGCCUGGGGCUGUUUUGAUGAAUUUAACAGGAUCUCAGUUGAGGUCCUUUCUGUAGUUGCUGUACAGGUGAAGAGUGUGCAGGAUGCAAUACGGGAGAAGAAAAAGUCAUUCAAUUUUCUUGGAGAAGACAUUAACUUAGUUCCCUCAGUAGGCAUUUUCAUCACCAUGAACCCUGGUUAUGCAGGGCGAACUGAGCUACCUGAGAAUUUAAAAGCUCUUUUCAGGCCAUGUGCAAUGGUUGUACCAGACUUUGAGCUGAUCUGUGAAAUUAUGUUGGUGGCUGAGGGAUUCAUUGAGGCUCGGACAUUAGCCAGGAAGUUCAUUACUCUAUACCAACUCUGCAAAGAGCUCCUGUCCAAGCAGGAUCACUACGACUGGGGCUUGCGUGCAAUCAAGUCAGUGCUAGUUGUCGCUGGCUCUCUCAAACGAGAUGACCCAGAACGACCUGAAGACCAGGUUCUGAUGCGCUCACUUCGUGACUUUAACAUCCCCAAGAUUGUGACUGAUGAUGUGCCAGUGUUUAUGGGGCUGAUUGGGGAUCUUUUCCCUGCGCUGGAUGUGCCUCGGAAGCGUGACCUGAAUUUUGAGCGGUUUGUGAGGCAGGCUGUGCUGGACCUCCGGCUGCAGGCUGAAGACAACUUUGUACUUAAAGUGGUGCAGCUGGAGGAGCUGCUGACAGUCCGGCACUCUGUCUUUGUGGUGGGUAACGCAGGCACAGGCAAGUCUCAGGUGAUGAGAUCCCUGAACAAGACCUACCAGAUAAUGAAGCGACGUCCUGUCUGGACAGACCUCAACCCCAAGGCAGUCACCAAUGAUGAGCUUUUCGGCAUCAUUAACCCAUCAACAAGAGAAUGGAAAGAUGGACUGUUUUCAUCAAUCAUGCGAGAGCUGGCCAACAUCACACAUGAUGGUCCCAAGUGGAUGGUACUAGAUGGAGAUAUUGAUCCAAUGUGGAUUGAAUCUCUAAAUACUGUGAUGGAUGAUAAUAAGGUGCUGACCCUGGCAAGCAAUGAGAGAAUCCCUCUGAACCCAACGAUGCGGCUGAUCUUUGAGAUCAGCCACCUGCGCACAGCCACCCCGGCAACCGUGUCCAGAGCAGGGAUCCUGUACAUCAACCCAUCAGAUCUGGGCUGGAAUCCCCCAGUAAGCAGCUGGAUUGACAGGCGAGAGAUCCAGUCCGAAAGAGCCAACCUGACCAUUUUGUUUGAUAAGUACCUGCCGAUUUGCCUGGACACACUCAGAACAAGGUUUAAGAAGAUUAUUCCCAUUCCUGAGCAGAGUAUGGUUCAGAUGUUGUGCUACCUCCUCGAAUGCCUCCUGACAGAGGAGAACACACCUCCUGACUGUCCCAAAGAGCUUUAUGAACUUUACUUUGUCUUUGCUGCUGUCUGGGCCUUUGGUGGAUCAAUGUUUCAAGACCAGCUUGUGGACUACAGAGUGGAGUUCAGCAAGUGGUGGGUGGCAGAAUUCAAGACUAUCAAGUUUCCCUCUCAGGGCACAGUCUUUGACUUUUACAUCGAUCCAGAAACAAAGAAGUUUGAGCCUUGGUCUAAACUUAUUCCCCAGUUUGAAUUUGAUCCAGAAAUGCCAUUACAGGCUUGCCUGGUGCCCACCACUGAGACGGUCCGUGUGCGGUACUUCAUGGACAGGCUCCUGGAGCGCCAGCGCCCAGUGAUGCUGGUGGGCACUGCUGGCACGGGGAAGUCUGUGCUGGUGGGGGACAAGCUCUCCUCACUGGACAUGGAUGCAUAUGUGGUGAAGAAGGUCCCUUUUAACUACUACACCACCUCUGCCAUGCUGCAAGGGCCUUCUGUUCUCUACCCCGGAAUGUCUGAAGCAGCCCCAAGAUCUACUGAAACUCUACCUGCAUGAGUCUAACCGGGUGUACCGGGACAAGAUGGUUGAAGAAAAGGAUUAUAGUACCUUUGAUAAAAUCCAGUUGGAGAUGGUGAAGAAAUU